AGAAUGUCUUUUUCUAACAGUGAUGUCCUAUGACAGAUAUUUGGCCAUCUGCAAACCAUUAUAUUACACAUCUAUCAUGAAUCUUUAUCUUCAGGUCAAUCUUGUAAUCUGGUCGUGGUUUGUGUCUUUUCUGUUAAUGUUCCUAAUUAUAUUUCUCAUAUGGAAUUUACAGUUCUGUGGACUUCAAGACAUUGAUCACCAUUUGUGCGAUUUUUCUCCCCUUCUGAAGUUGUCCUGUUCGGACCACACUAUUGUUGACCUUGUAUAUUUUACCUCAGCCAUAUUUUUUGGAGUAUUUCCAUUUUUCUUUAUUCUCUUUACAUAUAUCCAGAUUUUAAUCACGAUCUUUGACAUUCCAUCUGCCAGUGGGAAGAAGAAAUCAUUUUCCACCUGUAGCUCACAUUUGAUAGUAGUGAGUACAUACUACGGGACUUUAACAACUGUUUACAUGGUCCCAUCAACUGACCAGAUGUCCAACAUAAAUAGAAUGUUGACUCUUCUUUAUAACACCGGGACUCCAUUUUUUAACCCAAUUAUUUACAGUCUUAGGAAUCAGGAUAUCAAGGUUUCAGUCUAAAUCUGUACAAUCCUCACUAACUUGCUUAAUAUCUCUCACUCAUCUGUUCCCUUUACUACCUCUUUAAGGAACAUUUCAUAUGACCUACCUCCCCUGCAAGUAUUUCC